AAAUUAUUUAAUGAAUAUAAAAAUUAUGUAAGUUUUAAAUCAAAAAUUGAUAUUCAUAAUGCUGGAAAAGUUCACAAAGAUUUUCAUUCAGGCAAUAUAUUACUUGAUAACUCUUAUCCAUUUAUAAGUGAUUUAGGAAUGUGUCGACCAGCAAAUAUAAAGCAAUCUGUUAAAGAAGAAGGAAUUUAUGGAGUAUUACCAUAUAUGGCACCAGAAGUUUUACCUAUUAAAAUAUGUAAAGGAUUUAGACCAACAAUUUCUAAAGAUGUACCAAAAUUACUUGCAUAUUUGAUAAUAAAAUGUUGGUAUGCUGAAAUAGAAAAUAGAACAACCACUAAAGAAUUGUAUCAGAUAUUAACAAAAUGGAAGAAUGAAAUUAAAGAUAUUGAAGGGGGAAGAUAUUCAAAUGAAAAUAAAUACAAAAGCUUCCAAACAUACCCACAAGCAUUUUAUACUAGUAGAAUUAUAAAUUUCAAUAAUCUUCCAAAGCCAGUAAAUUCUUCAGAUUUAUCAUCUGUUUAAUAGAUGCUAGCUAUGAUACUGCUCAAUCAACUUCAGCAA